UUUUGUCUGUUCUCUGGGUACAACCUGCUAAGCCUGGAGAGAAAGCCUGUGCCUGCAGCUGACUCUCUCCAGAGCUGAUGGGAAUUCUGCCGCCGUUCCUACCACUCCCCAUGGAGAGCAACUGGACUGUACAUGUGCUUUCACGGGCUUUGUGCCUUAUGCUACUGUGGACAGCCGUGCUAAAUCUUGUUGCUGGGACUCAAGCAGAUCUUCCAAAGUCUGUGGUGAAACUUGAGCCCCCAUGGAUCCAGGUGCUCAAGGAAGACCUUGUGACACUGACGUGCGAAGGGACCCACAACCCUGGGAACUCUUCUACCCAGUGGUUCCACAACGGGAGCCUCAUCUGGAGUCAGGUCCAAGCCAGCUACAAGUUUAAGGCCACAUUCAAUGACAGUGGAGAAUAUCGGUGCCAAACGGAGCAGACGGGCCUCAGCGACCCUGUACAUCUGGGAGUGAUCUCUGACUGGCUGCUGCUCCAGACCCCUCAGCUGGUGUUUCUGGAAGGGGAACCCAUCAUGCUGAGGUGCCACAGCUGGAAGAACAUACAGCUCAACAGGAUCUUGUUCUUCCAGAAUGAAAAGCCUGUGAGGUUUUAUCAUCAUGGUACUAACUUCUCUAUCCCAAAAGCCAACCACAGUCACACUGGGGACUACUACUGCCAAGGAAGUCUAGGAAAGGUCCGGCACUCCUCCAAGCCGGUCACCAUCACUGUCCAAGACCCCAAGUCCAGCAGGCCUUUGCCGAUAUUGACAAUUGUAGCUGCUGUCACUGGAAUUGCUGUAGCAGCCAUUGUUAUUAUCCUGGUAUCCUUGAUCUAUCUCAAGAAAAAGCAGGUUCCAGCUCUCCCAGGAAACCCUGAUCACAGGGAAAAGGGAGAAACCUUUCCUGAGGAACCAGGUGAGUACACGGUGCCCUCUGGGGGCUCAGCGCCUGUCAGCCCAGGGCCUCCAUCAGGACUGGAGCCAACAAGCAGCAGGUCAUACAAUCCUUCUGAUCUCGAAGAAGCUGCCAAGACUGAGGUUGAGAAUACGAUCACCUAUUCACUUCUCAAGCAUCCCGAAGCUCCGGACGAAGAAGCCGAGCCUGAUUACCAGAACCACAUUUAGUUUCCCUUGUGACUGGGAAAAGCAAACCAGAAAGGCCAGGAUCUAGUGUCUCCUGGUCCAAGGGAUGCUGUAGAUAUUAAAGAAAACAUCCAGAGUCACUUAUGUGAGUCCUGAAACCAACAGACACUACGAUAUUGGUUCCCAAUGGUUGACUGUACUAAUGACUUUCAUAACUUACAGCUUCUCAACUCAAGACUCUCCUGCCAUAGAUCCACACAUCCAAUAAAAUUAAUCAACUUACUGUUGUUAAGAGACUGCAGCAACAUGGGAACUGCUUAUAUUACAUGCUAAUGAGAACAAUUAAUGUUAGGAUGCAUAAUCUCAGCAAUGAUAAACUGGACUUGUACCAACCUGUCAAAUGUGAUGCUUCUUUAUAAGGAACUUCAAUUUUUUAAAUUUUUCUAUAAAGCUCACAUGUUACUUUUAUAGUAAAAUGUUGUAAGAACAUCUUUCUAUUUACUUUUUCAAGCUGCAAUGAUUGCAGUAUAGACUGAGCUCUCUGGGGUUUGUUCGUCUUCUGCAAGAAGAAUCUUGGGGAGAUGGUUUAACUUUUCCCUGGGGAGACAUAAGAAUCGUGGCCCUCAUGACAGACCAAAGUCAUAUGAUUAUACUCAAGACUAGUCUGGUGCACCAGUGAGUUUCUUCGGCUUAUUUAUAGAAACAUGAGUUUGGGAUUCCUUACAAGGGUGUGGAGGACAUUGAAACAGCAGUCUUAGCACCGACGACAGUGUCUUUACAGUUACAUAGAUGGUGUUCCACCCCCUCUUUAGUUAGUCUUCCUCAAACUCCCAGUUCAGAAGCCUCUGUCUUUAGGCCUCCAUGAUGAUGAGCCUUCAGACCUCCAUGAUGGUGAGCCUUUAGACCUCCAUGAUGGUGAGCCUUUAGGCCUCCAUGAUGGUGAGCCUUUAGGCCUCCAUGAUGGUGAGCCUUUAGGCCUCCAUGAUGGUGAGCCUUUAGACCUCCAUGAUGAGCCUUUAGGCCUCCAUGAUGAUGAGUGUUUAGAUCUCCAUGAUGAUGAGCCUUUAGGCCUCCAUGAUGGUGAGCCUUUAGGCCUCCAUGAUGGUGAGUCUUUAGACCUCCAUGAUGAUGAGUGUUUAGAUCUCCAUGAUGAUGAGCCUUUAGGCCUCCAUGAUGAUGAACAUGCACUACUAUCCACCACCACACCUGGCCUGGUAGAAGUAGAUAGGAGGUAGAGGAGAAGGCAGAUGAGGGUUUGGAGUAGAGAGCCAGUGCCCUUCCCCUUCAAACUGAUGAUACUUCCAGUAAACUUGUCUUCUUGUUUCCACAUUUCCUACUUCUCUUUUCCCCUAUGACAAGCAGAAUAAUCACUUUGUUAUGUAACAGGAGUUCGCAGGAAGUCAAACUUUGGAUGAAUGCCAGGGGUAGCUGAAGGAUGACCUCGAACUCCUGAUCUUCCUGCUUCUACCUCCUAAUUGCUGAGAUUAAAAGUCGGAUCCUAUUAUAUUUAUAUGUUCACAAAAAUCACUCAGGCAGCUGUAACCACAUAAGUUCAAAGUGUAGACAUAUAAAGGAGACAAAAGGAGAAAUGCUCUGUUGUCCUCAUUUUCCUUGAUUCUGUGCUCUCUCUCUCUCGCUCUCUCUCAGUCUCUCUCUCUCUCUCUCUCUCUCUCUCUCUCUCUUUCUCCCUCUCUCUCUCUCUCAAAUGAAUAAACACUGUUGUAGGUGUUAUAUACAUUCAGAUUUCUUAAUAUAUAUUUGAUAUUGUUUUUAGGAUGCUUAUACAUGAGACCAUACAUGUGAUUAUGUUGUAGAAUUACUUUGGCUGGACCUUUCUGGAUAUCUGCCUAGCUUCAGGUUCAUUGAAAGACACUAUCUCAAAGGAUUAAGCAGAGAGAGCUUGAGCAGGAUACCAGAUGUUUUCCUUUGACCCCUGCACAGCAGCACAUAGGCACUCUACACAUGUGUGCCUAUAACACACACAAAUAAAAUAAAUAAUAAUAAUUUUAAAAACUCAUUCCAGAAUUUCUGCUUUGAACUCACUGAUAUCCAAGACAUGGUUGCAUGGAAACAUUCUUGCAUGGAUCUUAGUUGUCCAAUCCAAACACAGAGAACUAAUAAGGCUAUUUGACGUUAGGGAGAUCACAUCCGGAAACCCUUGCAUUCCUAAUAUGCACCUUUAAGUGUGCCUCAUGGAAUCUAGCCAGUUCUUUCUCAUAUCCUCUUUACCAAGACCCCUCCUGACCACUACUCUUUGUUUUUAUUUUCUCCAUGGUACAGUGUAGAUUAUUACAUAUCUUCUUCUUUUAUAUAGUCUCAUAUAUACUAAAAUGUAAGCUCAAAACAGUCCCAUGUUUUCCUUUUUCACUAAUGUAUUCCAGAGAUCAGAACAAUGCAAUAGAUUGUUGAAUGAAUUAAUGAAUAAAACUUGCCUCUCAUA